CACAAAGAAACCAAAUGGUUUAUACUUCUCUUUGAAGAGGAUAUUUGGUAUUGGAUAUUGGAAGUCGUUCAACUUUAGCGUUACAUGUGGAUUGUUAACCAUUAAUCUAUAGGAGAUUACAUUUUCUGGACUUCAAUAACCAUAUAACUGUUUUUAUUCGUGCUACUGCUUAGGUUCGUGGGUCGUACCAAAACUAUUUCAUUUUAUUGAUAACCCAUUUUGGCGAUUUGUACUUACAAUUCUUCCCACUAAUUUCAUCAAUGACGAUUGUCAGUUUUGUAUCAUACUUUGUGGGAGUAUGGGCUUCUGUUUAUCUGAUUGAUAUAGCUCUGCGCACCCAUCCAUACACAAGAAAUCGAUACACUGAGUUUCUUUCCCAGCUAGGGAUCUCGUUUAACCUUCUACAAGCACGUUUAUUUACACAACGGUUGAACAACUGUUUCCACUAUAUAUGCCGCUUCAAUUGUGUGCCUUGGAAUCUCUGGUUUUCUUGUGGUGUGAUAUUUGCUGCCAUAUCAAUGGUAGUAAGUGUGUGUCUACUUACCCUAUUAGCUUACAAUACGUUGAUGCACAAACCUAUUGAAACCCAGGUCCUAAUUCCCGUGAUGCCGGGAAUAAAUUUACCAACCGGUCAUCUAGGAUUUUAUAUUCUCACACUGCUUAUAUGCGCAUUCAUACAUGAAGCAGGGCAUGCUCUAGCAGCUGUGCGUGAACGCGUUCGCCUUCAUGGAUUCGGAAUCUUUGUGUUUGGGUUUUAUCCAGGUGCAUUCGUUGACCUCAACACUUCAGAUCUUCAAAGUCUUUCACCGUUUUGUCAGCUCCGCGUAUACUGCGCUGGCGUCUGGCACAAUGCCGUAAUUGCCAUGAUCAGCAUAAUUAUAUUUUAUUUACUACCUUUUCUGUUAUCACCCGGUUACCAUGUAGGAACUGGGGUGGGUGUCACAUACUUACGAGAGGAUUCUGUCGUCACAGGAUAUCGUGGGCUCGCUCUUGGUGAUGCUAUCACUCGGGUAAAUUCCUGUCCAGUAAAUCAGCAGUCUGAUUGGUUCAAAUGCUUGGAGGAGGCAUACAUUCAUCCAUCUGGUUACUGUGUAUCUGGAGCUUAUUUAAGCAUGUUAGAUAAUAAAGCCCCUGGUCCACGUCGUAGUUUAUCCGCGGUUGUUUCUGUCAAUAAAUUGGAUGAAAAUGAAAGUUUCGAAUCUGUUAACGAUCAUAAUAAAUUGAAUGAAGAUUGUUGCACAGUGCAAUCAGCUUCGACUCAUUUGUGUUUCACCUAUAUAACACCUACUAAGCACAGUUCUGCAUCCCGAAGAUAUGCUUGCUUACCGGCACGUGCUGUAACUGAGCGUACUAGUUGCAAUGUGACCUCUGAUUGUGGUAACCUUGGCGCUAUACGUGGCAAUAACAAUGGAAUACAAAGUGAAUCACUUGGUGUUGUAUCUACUCGAUCAAUGUAUUGUGUAGUGCCAAGCCCCCCAGACAAUUCCACUCGUCUAGUACGCUUAGUGCAUAAUCGCCAUAAAGCCCUCGCAAUUCUUUUCCUGGGUCCAUUGGAAGAUCUUGUAGCUUCUAUUGGGAUUUCUGAUUAUGUUCCACGUUGGCCUUCCAUACUUCCACCAAAUUUACCUUCCUUCCUUGGAUUAUUAUGCACGUAUUUGUUCUCCUUGUCUGGUGCUCUUGUGAUCCUCAACGUCGUACCUUGUUAUUCACUUGAUGGUCAAUGGAUUUUGAAAGCCUUUUUGGAUUUAUUUCUUCCAGGUAUUUUACCAUCCCGUCCGAAAAGGAAUAUGAUUUUUACUACUGUUCUUAUCCUUGGUAGUAGCCUUGUGGGAUUAAAUCUAUUUCUCGCAAUUUUGUACCUAUGUCUUCAAGCUAACUACAUAGGUGGUCUACCGAAUUCUAUAGGUCUGAUAACGUCUGCUAACACCUGAACUUAUCGCCUCCGAACAAAACUUCAUGCCUCUAAUUGUAAAAAGUCAAAAACUGUGAUUCAUCACUCCGUAUACUUUAUCUUUUUGUUGUUUGUGCCUUUAUAAAUCUAUUUUCUACUGAGUCAGGGUAAAAGUCUUUCUCUAUUUUUCCUAUAUGUGCAUAUUUUUCAUAAGUAUAUCUUGUAUCUGGUAUGUUCGGAAAAGAUUUUUUCACUUCAUCUCAUCCGUGUAACUAGACAGACGAUGCUACAAGGUAGUUAAUACUACGUUGUAACUGACUAACUCAGUUAAUUAUGUCUGUUUAUCAUUGUGUUACGUUAACGUUGUACCCCAUGCGAUAGUUUCUCUGUCUGAAAGUUAUAUAAUAAUAG